CGUCGCUUGCGCGUGAUCAAAUCGAAAGGGGGCAAAAGCUGCCGUCGUUCAUCCGCGCGGUGCGCCCUUGGCGUGGGGCCGUCGGGCUAGCGAGUGUGUCAAACGUGAACGGCGGCGUGUGUGAGCGACGUUACAAAGGAAGCCGGCGUACCCCCCCCGUACUCAUUGUGACAGACGCUAGUCGACGCGGUGGUGGUGGCGUGUUUGUCUACCGGCACGUCUCUCUCUCUCUCUCUCUCCCCGGUAUCCUCUUGUGCGCGAGAAAAAUCGGCUCCCGCGCUCGCUGUCGUAUCACGGAGAUCCCCCUCCGAGGAAAGGAUCCGGUACGGCGAAGAAACAUGGGGAGAGGGACAUCGUUGUAUAUGAGUUCUAUUGACGGUCUGCAAUGAAUUUCUCGCCGUUUGGAGGCCACUUUCCUACCACAAUACCGAGUAUCCAUCAGUUCGCGACCGACAGUUCCAGCGGUGCAGGCGCGCGCUACGCCAAUCAUUUUCCCAACCAGCCUCCGAUCGGAGUGCCGGUGAUGGGAAAGUACCGUCCUGAGAACAACGCCGUACAAUCUGCUCAGUCGCAAGUGAUGAUGAACAACAAAGCCAGCUAUCCCAGUAGUAAUGUUCACCAUUAUUCAAACGUGCCAUACUCUCAGGCUCAAUCUGUUCAACAACGGCCCACCAACUCGCCUGGAAUGCAGGAGAAACGUUCGUAUCAUCAGCAAUCCACAGAAACCAUAAAUCAGCAAGAUGUUUGCAAUCUUCUUCAAGACAAGGACAAGAACAAGGAGAAGAAAGCCGAGGAACAACAACGCAACGGAGAGACAACUGCCACAAACGGUGCUCAGCAGGAUUACACAAUGCACCAACAUCAACAGCACGCGCACACUCAAACACCAGCUACUAUGCCCGCUACAUGGCAAUCGCUCGCCACUCCCGGAUCUACCGUAGCUGACUAUCUCAGUCACUUGCCGGCCAGUACUUUACCGUUGAGCUUGCACCACUUUCUCAAGUAUUCCGCCGAAAGUAUCAAGAAAGAGUCCGAAAUGGCGCAAACGACCUCGGUGGCGGUGGCCACCACAACGACGCCUAAUAUAAUGAUGUCACCGAACAAUAAGAAAAAGAAAAAGAAGAAGACGCCGAAGGAGAAGAAGCCACGUCCGAAACCCGGCGAGAUUCGUCUGACGACGGCGCUGGACGGCUCGACGUUAUACUGCUGCCCCGAGUGUCACAUGGCGUAUCCGGAACGAGAAUUGUUGGAACAGCACCUGUUGGGCCACACCCUGGAGAGAAGAUUCGUUUGUGACAUAUGCGGCGCCGGUCUAAAGCGGAAGGACCAUCUAACGCGUCACAAACAAAGCCACAAUCCCGAGCGGCCUUACGUUUGCACCGUCUGCUUGAAGGCUUUUAAGAGAAAGGAGCAGCUGACGUUACACUUUGUAAUACAUUCCGGUGAGAAACGGCACGUGUGCACGGAAUGCGGUAAGGGAUUCUACCGGAAGGAUCAUUUACGGAAGCACACUAGAAGUCACAUCGCGAGAAGAGUGAAGGCGGAACUGAGUCAGAACGCUGGUACGCAACAGAAUCAACAACAAAAUAAUGUUUCGAAUAUGCAAACGACUACCGUAUCAACGUCGUCCGUUCUUCCGGGUGGGCACCCGGGUCCCCUCCUGUCCUGAGCCCCGCCACCAGGGAACUUCCAGGUUCCCCAUCCGAACAAUAUUCUUCACACGCAUACUACUCAUCAUUCGCUGCAUCAUCAUCAUUUAACGGCGGUCAACGUGGCGCAUCAAUCGACCGUCGCGCCGCUCGCUACAUCCAGUCAUUAUCAGUCGCACGAGCUUAGCUUUUUGGGACACGUUAAAGAUUUCUGAGACGAGGGGAAGACCUCGGCGAAGAGGUAACACCAACACGCUAACUGAUCGUCGUGUCGCCGUCGAUAGGUAGCUUCGACUGACUCAUUCUUUGGAAACUAGUGACUUUUAUAUAUGAAACGUACUCGCAUAUGUGCGUGUGUGCUCCGGAUGAAGCUUCCUAUGUCUCGUCUCUUCAUCCAUGUAACCAUGUGCCAUGUCAUUCCCCCUUUUUUCUUUUUUUCGAGUCUCAACUGUCGCGCGCGCGCGCUCUUAUGUUCGUCCCGUUCGCGACUUUUAUUGCCAGUAUUGUUUCCACCACAGAGUUACACGUAAUAAUACAUAAGGUAUAAAGCAGAGACAUAGAAGCUCCUUAUAGCACAAACAAAAGUACACAUGUGGGAGAGAAUACUAAUUUUCCACGGAAAUAUUCUAGAGUAGACGCGGUUUGACUGUAAGUCAAAGACUCUUGCCAUACGUUGUGUACGAUGAAGAAAAAAAAAAGAUAUUUUUAUGAAAGAUCGGUGUUAAUAUAGAAACUAAGCUGACCGAUGAGAGAGAUAGAGAGAAAGGAAAGGAGAGAGUGUGAAAGUGAGAGAAAAAGAAAAUAAUUGACACUCUUUUUUUAUUUUUCUUUCUUAUAUCAUUGCGUUGGAACGUUAUUCUGUCAUUUUCGCGGUGGUUGUAAAUUUGUUUUGAUUUCUAGUUAAAUGGUAACGAGUGUGCAAAUGUAAAGGAAAUAGGAAUUAUACGAUGCGUAGAGCGAUAUUUCUAAUACGAACGUAGACGAGUCAACCCACCGAUUAGAAAUCGUCAUCUUUUGUUUAUUUUCUGAAAGCAGAUAUUUGCUUGAAAUUUUAGUGCCCGUUUAAAGGAUAAUGUAUAUUAUCAUAAAAUUUUUAAAUACGACUACUAUGCUCUAUGAGACAGAAAAAAAGCGACAAAAGCAUAGCAAUAUUUCGCAGUCGAUAAAAAUUAUAUUUCGUUUCAUUAAAACUUUCUGUUCCUUUUAUAUAUAAAGUUGACAGUAUUUUAUAUUUU